AUGUUGAAAUCUCUAUUGGUCAGCUUUUUCAUUGUUUUUGUAGCCUCCGAAUGCCCGAAUGGAGCCGAUUACAAGAGUGAUCUUGGCUAUUGCAUUUUCCCGUAUAAUACAGAGAUCGACUAUGCAUCAGCGGUGAAGGCGUGUCAACGAGUGAACGGGAAUCUCAUCUCUUUGCACAAUCUCUUUCAGAAUAUUCUUCUUUCGGCUUACAUAGAUGAGUACCUUUCUACGCAAUCUACAUGGUUGGGCGUUCAAUCGGAUCAAUUCCAGGUAUGGUCUUGGAACGAUGCCUCACAAUGGGAUUAUGAGAAAUGGGGAAAACAGGAGCCCAUUGAUGGGAAUCAUUGUGCAAUGCUUUCUUUGAAAGAUCAAAAUUGGCACAGCAUGGAUUGCGCGGAGGAUCGGGCGGCGUUUCUCUGUGCGAUUCCCGCGACUCCGACCACACAAAAUACGAUCACAUCGACAAGUGAUUAUCUU